UCCUGGUAAAUUCCACCCACACCAAACAAUUUCCCCAAUAUUAAUCCGUCGUUAUGAAUAGAUUAUCAUCGUUGCAGGCAUUACAAACAAUAUGUUGCUCUGUGAGUUCAUUUCUCGGUCCAAACGAAAGAUUGAAGUGUAUUCUUGAAGAUGACGAGGACGGUCAUCUUGUGUCAAGCUGCUGUGAGCUGAUGUGUCAUCUUGACAUUGAGCAUCCAGUUGGCCACUUAGCGAUGGAGGCUUGUGCUUCACAUCAGAAGAUGCACGGCACAGGGUCAACCACCUUGAUGACAAUGGCUGGAUUCUGGGCAGCGGAAAUCCAAUUACUCCUCACUCAAGGUGUUCCAAUUCCGGCGAUCAUCAGGUAUGGAGAUGAAUGCCUGGAGCAGUGUCUAGACGCCUUGGAGACAAUCACCGUACCUUGCUCCAAUCUCACAAUUCCAAAGACUCAAACAUCCUUGGUUGAGACUCCCCUCACCCGUAUUGAAGAUGUCCACAAGACAUACACAGGAGGAGAUCGCCCCAUCAGCUUAGGUGAUAAACCACACAUGCCUUCUCAAAAGAGCCAGAGUAGCGAUUUCCAUGAACGUAAACUCCACAGUUCCACCACAGGUCACCUAACAGCCCAACGACAUGCUCUACAAUAUCCUCCCGACAGAUUCAACUCUACAGGUUAUCUAAAAGGAGAAUGUCUUGCUGAUAGAAUGGGAGCAUCCUCCCUGAAAACUGAGACGAGCAAUUUAGAAGAUUCCCAGAAGAUGUGCCGACCAAGUGAAAAAUCCAGCUUCUUACAAUUUCAUCCUUCAGAGGAUGAGGAUGGGUUUCAGGAAGUCAAUUUCACCAUCUCAGACUCUCAACAACCAGUAUGUCUUGAACAGAUGAAAGCAAAGUCUAAAGAAGACGCUCAAGUGGAAGCGGAUGAUAAUGAAGACGAAGUGUCUUGGUUCUUUGAAAGGGAAGAUGAACAUUCUGAGUAUACUUUAGAAAACCAUCUGUCAGAUUUGGAGUUGUUGUCGACAGGUUGUCCUGAGAGUCUUAGUCUUUUAACAGACACUCACCUUAGUUUGGUUGACUUUAAAGACACAUCUGCAAGACAAACUCAUUCCUUAGUUGGGACGACCACAAAUACAGAGGUGGAUGAGAUUGUUCAAGUUUGUGCUGAAGACGGCGGAGAAACAAGCGACGAGGAAAGUGAUGAGUUUGAUUCUUGUUUUCCGCCAGAAGAUGAAAAAGACGCUUUGCCGAGAGAUUCCAUUAUGUCAAAGAGCGAAGGAGUUAAAGAUGAUCACCAAUCAAGAAAACCAAGUGCAAUUCAGGAUUCUAUUCACAAGCUUUUGCAAGCCAAGCAAAACAAAAUUGCUCAGGAGAGAACGACCAAAGUGCAAAACAAUAGUAGACAUUUCAGAACGUUUGAAACUGUGACCGAUCAGAAUUCAGCUGGCAGUGAGGUUACAUACAGUAUCCAUGGCAUUGACUCUGCACUAGAAAGUGAAAAAAUCUCAGAGCGGGUUGAGGCUUCGCAAAGUCCAGCCAAUCAGCUGACUGCAUCCGGUAACCAUGGAUACAUUCAAACAAAUUCACAUGAUGCUCUCCAAUGUGAUGUUGCCUUGGAAACCACUGCUCCUCAAGAAACAAAGACGCCCGACGAUGCAGUACAAGAUCUAUUGAAGGCCAAACAUAAAAAGGCAGCUGCAACGAGACUAACCAAUGUUCGAAAUAGAAGUAGACAUUUUAAUGUGACCUUGGGUCAAAAUAAUUACCCUGAAAUGACCUUGCCACCAGGGAUCACAGAGCCUUCGUUGAGGAACUUAUUUCUUGACGAGAAGAUGCAUUUUCUUUCGAAGGAGCGGAGUGGGGUAGCUAUACCCCCAUCAAGGCCACAUUUUGCAACAAAUCUUGGUGGAGUAGAAGAGCCUGAUAUGUUGAAUCUUGGGUUUGGUUUGAGUCAUGGAGCUGAUGUAGAGAUGAGGAUGGUUAUGGAAGCUUUUCAGAUGCAGGCAGCUCAUCAUCAACUGAGUAACACAGAGAUGAUAUUUGACUUGAAUCGAAUCAGCGUGUGUACCAUCCAAGGACCAGCUGCCUCAGAGUCCCAUUUAGAGUCUGGGGCAUUAGUGAAAACAGAUAAUAUUCAACUGCCGUCGAUAACAGCAGCUUCAACGGGAGGGUCCAUUCAAGCUCUGAUUGUUAAUGGAGAUGCCACGCCCAACUUCCGACACAAAGGCUUCAAGAAGACCACAAAGGUGAAGGUAUUCACUGAAGGGACUCGACCGGCAGCGAAUCAAGAGAACUCUUGGCUAAGAGAUGUCAUAAAGAUCUUACAGGAGUUGAACAUCAAACUGAUCAUCCUCAAGGGUUGCUCAGACGAUGACCUCUUGGACUACUGUCUCACCAUGAAGGUCAUCCUACUCCAAAAUGUUCCCUACAGGACCCUACAGGCAUUGGGUGAAGCUUGCUUGGUUCCAAUCCUCAAGUACAUCGGUGACGCUACGAUGAGCGACGUUGCGUGUGGUAUAACUAUUGCUGGCUUGGAGUCAGGGUGGGUGGACAGAGCCAGAGUGUCUUCAAACGCACCCCAGAGGGCGGUAUACGCAAGGAUAUUCGUAAAAGGAAAGUUACUGCAGACUGGAGUGCUGAGUAACCCUGUCGUAAGUCUUGUCACAGCUUCAGAGGUUAGAUUCUGGAAGUGUGCACACAGGCUCAAGGACAUGGUGCAAUCCGGCCGAUGUCUCCCUGGAGCCGGUGUCCCUGAACGUACAGCGAUGAAGCGACUGCUGAAAAUGAAAGAACAAGGUCUUAAGUGUGGACACAAUACCAGUAUAUCUUGCUAUCGGGAACCUAUCACAUCGGCCUUCUCAAAUGGGUUUGUCGCCUACAAGCUUCAGAUUUUGAAAAACAUGGGGAGAGUAACUGACUUAUCCCAUGAAAAAACGUGUAUACUGCAUGGAAUUCAAGGAGACAGCUCAGAACCAGUUUAUGCCAGUUUCAUCCAGUCAGAUCCACAUCAGCAAAGUGAACCUGGAAUACAUGUAUUUGAAUACACAUCAAACUCGAAUGAAACAAUACAGGGGUAUGGACUGGAUCAAACCGGUUCUAGCCAGUCUGAACUAGAACUAACCGAACUUGAUGAUAUCAUCACUGAUGGAAGCAGCAAAUUCCACGAGACUCACAAGAACAACUUGUCCUCGUCAACAGGAAUGGUUAUAAACCCGAAGACUCGCACUCAACAAAAGUUGCCUUAUAAACGCAAUUUUAGUGAGAAGUUGGCAAGUUUUGAGGGUAGGGACGUUUAUGAUAGUUAUUCGGCGAAGAGAGCAGCGUGGGAAGGGGCCUGGGUGUUGUUGAAGACAGCAUUAAGAGUGGAUGCUCAUAUUGUAACAGGCUUACAGGAAUCUCACCAACAUGGUUCAUCAAUCAAUAAUGUCAACAAGGUUAGAGCGGUGAUUUUAUGAGGAAUGGAAGUGCACUUUUGGGACAGGGUAGGGUUGAAUACUUAUUUGAGGGUAUAAAUGUUGAGUCUUAUUACAUAGAGCAUGUAUCUAACAAUAAGGUACUCAAACACUUGAACAAAGGGAAAACAGUUAAUGAAGCACCAAAUAAAGGUUUGGUGCUGUGGUGAACUCAGCAGCCUCCCAGAAGCACCAAGCAAACCCCUUCUUACCCUGUAACCAGGUUAUUUUAGGAUCAUUCACUCACUCGCUCAGUCGACCCAAGUUGUCGUGUUGCCGCAUGUUUAGGUGCACUACUUAAAGCACAAGAUCUGUGGCUUGAGGGUGAGUGAUCUGAUGGGAGUUCAACUCAACAUUAAUUGAAUUCUGCGCGGAUUAAAUCAAUGUUUGCAAAUGAAUAAAAGUACAAUGUGCUCACAUAAUCAUUCCAACGCUUCUUCACCCAGGGGUAUAAAUGGGUACUUGCGACGGUAGAGGUUGAUAUUGUUUAUGAAAAGC